CUUUCAAUUUCAUACUUAAAAUUUUUUUAGACUCUAAAAUCAAAUGAACAGUCGUCGUCGCUGUUCCCCUAGCCUACCUCGCCGUGCUACUUUGCUGUUCAAGUGUUUUUGUGUUACGUCGGAGACUGAGUGCGCUUAAUUGAUGAUACCCUGAUAUGGAUGCAGUAGAAGCGAGUGUUCGCGCAUGGGAGGAGAAAAAAAAGGAGAGCAUGCAGAGACUCUUCGGCAACGAUAAGGUUGAUGUUCCCGGAUCUUCCAUGCGAACAUAGAGAACUGACAAAUCGUGCGUAGCAGAAGCAGAAUGACAAAGCCGGGGAGAGAAAUAUGAACCCAAAGAAUGCAAGAAAGUACCUUGACAGACCCAGCUCCGUCUUCCCGCCGAAACAAGCCACAUCUGGACCUAUAGCACCAAUUCCAAAUCUCAAUCCUUACCCACCUUCGGGUUCACCUUCUAUCCCAGUGCAUUUUAACUCGAAAGGCGAAUUUGUCUUCCCCCACUCACCCUUUCAGACGAUCCCCACCCCAGCACAGAUGAUCGCGCCCCACAGUAUCCGUAUGUGCAUGCGCUUCGGCUGUGGUUCGAUCUUGACGCCGCGAAACUCUGCUGAUGAAGACGUGUUUUGCGCGAGGUGCAGACCUUUGGCUGCGGUGGGACAGUUUCCCAAGACUGCGAAGCCCCGGCGCGCGUUCGAUAUUGAUGUACCCAUUACUUCUAUGAAGAGAAGGGAAGUCGUUGGGAAGUCAAAGGACUCGCCAAUCGUCAUUCCGGAUGAUGUUGCAAGUACUCCGAUACCGGAUGAUUUAUCGUAUCCCGAGCCUGAGGUGACUGUACGCAGGGAUAGCGAAUUGGCACCUCCACCUCCACCAGUUAUAGUAUCAAUACCACAAGCACCGACCAUACCACGUUUACCACCACCUCCUCUUCCCAAGAAGAAAAAGACUGCACCUGCGCCUCUCCGUCCUUGUGCGACGCCAAACUGCAGAGGUCUCAUCCAUGCCUCCUCUUCUGCGCAUCGUUGUCCGUCAUGUGUGAUGAAGGACUGGAAAAACAGAAUAUCCAACAAAGGUAAAGAACGAGAGAGGAAGGAACGCGCGGGGAUAAUCGUUAUUCCAGCCAAGCGCAAGAGGGAGCAGUUCCAGGCCUCGGAACCGGCUACUACUCCCUCAGUCUCCGUACCCAGCAUUCCCGACCCUUUCCCUGAAAAGGAAUCCAUAUCUGGAUGGGAUAGUGACCUCACGGAUCUGAGCAGCAGCGAUGAAGAGGCACUCUUCGAAGGAAUGAGUCGACGACGAACAGCUGAAUCUGGACAACACUCUGGAGAUACUACAAGCGAGGAUGAUGAUGAAUCUCCUCCCCAACCGGCACGUCCCCCCGCACAGCCAGUGAGGUUGGUAAUACGGAUACCUCCCAGGAGCCCAGAGAAAGUCGCUGCUACUCCGUCGUCGUCGGUCGCCUCGUCUUCUAGUACCCCAGAUCCCCAGAGAAAAUGUGCAAUCACUGCAUGUGGUGCUCUCCUCGAUCAAGGAUACGCGUGGAAAUGCUGUAAAGCCUGUCGAAAACAUCACCGGGAGUAUCAGCGCAAGCGGCUUGGAAUCACUAAGGGAACAUAUACCCCCGAUAAGGAGAAGACGAGUUCUAGUCAGCCAAAACCAGAUCCGCAAAGCCUCCCGCCCGGGUACCGAAUAUGCACGAUUCGGUAUUGUAAUACUGUCAUUCCGCCUGUGGAGGUGUACAAGUGGAAAAUGUGCAAAGCAUGUCGUCACAGGACCAAAAUGCUGAGGAGGCGCAGGCAGGAAGGGGUAGAAGUGCCAAUGGCCAAUGACAAACCACCCCCUCGAAUGGAACCACGCAAACCGGUAUACCCUGAAUACGCCUCCUUCCCGCGUCUCCUUGACGAUUAUCAGCAGCGUCUACGAGGGUUCUUUGAGGCACAGGCAGAGUGGAUUGUCAUGAAGCAUCGGCAGGAAAAUGAAAAGGGAAACGGUCCGAAGAAAGCCGACGGAGUGGAUAAGCACUCGUCAAGGGACCAACAUGAUACCGGGGGCCCCGGUCAAGAGAAGACAACAGCUAAGGAAGGCGAGCUUCUUGCUUUUGAUGGUGAAUAUUCUGUUGUCGCGAUGGACUAUGCAAUUUGUGACCGCCAAGCCGCUGUGGUCGAUUUUGUCGGCAGGUUGAGGGGCGAGAUAGAAAGGGUUGGCGGCGUCGCAUUUGAUCCAAAGACUCGUCUUGUAACCCUUGCUCAUGGAGGGAUCCUUACGCGCUAUCGUUGCGUGCAUCGUAUUCACGUUACAAUGCAUGACCGAGCAGAGAAGAAUGAUGAUAUAAGAAUCGCCAAAGACAUGCAUGGCGAAUUAGAAAUUGCUAUCCUCCCAGAGUACUCGCAUCCCUUUUUUCCUGGACAGAGGACGGUGGUCAGAAUGCGGCUAUUGGGGUGAAGGGGUAUUCUAUGAUAAGUAUUGCAUCCUUCGUAAUGUUCGAUGUUACAGUGCGCAUGUCUAAUGCAAUUUAACGUGUCAUCUUCAAUGAAGACGCGUUAGUGGGACCGUGAUAUUGAUCAGGUGUAUGCCAUCUCGAUCUUUAUCAAAGGAGAUCGUCAUGGAUAUUACUCAGAACAUAAAAGUGCAG